UAUCCCUCGCUGUUUGGAAAAGCACAUAGAAAGCAAGUCCGUGAUGGCAUUGGUAAAAGAUGUCUGAGAUUCCUUCUGGCUGGUCUUUCUCCUUGACACAGACAGAAGAUGGGUCCCUUGGUGCUGAAAGAGGAACCACAGGUCCACUCAGAUAUCUGGAGAGGCUUACUGGGGUUCUCCAAUGGUUGGGGCUCACUCAUUCAACACAUACAUACAAAACACCUCAUUUGUGCAUCGUUCUUCUUGUGACUUAGCAUAAUUUCAUAAAGCAGAUGACAAUCCCUGGGCCUCGACUUACUGAGAGUCAGGUGCUCAGGAGACAGAAUAACCAGGUCCUAUCUACACAAUGUUAGAGGUGAAACCCUCAUGGCCUCUUCUACGUAUGGUGGCAUCCUCCCAGAUUCUGAUUAGAAUGAUGGAGUCCAGCAACAAGUAUAAACUGGGUGGAUUUAGGGUUCUAAAGAGCCUUUUCAUCCAGAAAACAUGGCGUAAAAGAUGUGGCCUCUGCCUGGGAAGACACUAAAGGAGUCCUGGGGCUCAUACUUCUUAUAAUUCCCACGAGAAGGCUGACAUCUGGAGACUUCUCCCACAAGAGGCAAAUAGUGAGUUCUGUAUAUGGAGACUUAGGUGCCCUGCAAAGGAGAGGGGAGGCUGGGGUCUCAGCUGGCCACUGGGAGACCCAUGCCCCACGCCGUGGCUUCCCAACUCUACCUGUCCUCCUCCAGCCAACAUCUGCCCCUACACUCCUAACCCCAGGACCAGGGGACCCAGAGCUGGAGCUUGAUGAGCAACCUGCUCACAAAUCAGCCUGGAGCUGCAGUCUUGAGUGCCCAGGUGCACAGAGCUGUGCUCCAGGGCCUUUGGGAAGAGAAUGUCAGUGGGACACUGGGGCGCACAAGGGUCUGUACAGUCCUGCUGUGUGGCCAGGUCUGCCCCUUCCAGGACAGCACUGAUGGCUUGGGGUAGGGUGGGGCUGUCCUCUACACAGGCAGCAACAUGCCAGGGACCCAGAACCACGCAAGUGUGCCCUGGAGGGUUGUGUGGGAGAAGGCCAGGCCUCUGACUCAGCUGUCCACUCCAUCACCAGCACCAUCACCUCCAUUUUGUUCACCUGGCCCCUUGAAAACACUUCAGUUUGCUAUCAGCCCCCGCAACGGUCAUCUUUCCGGAUAAAGCUGGCCUUCAGGAACUUCGCCUGGCCUGGACUGGGCGUGGAGGACCAUCAGGAACUUGUCCUAGGCCAGUUGGUGCUUCCGGAGCCCAACGAGGCCAAGCCAGAUGGUGAGGUGGCUUGCAGUCUGGAAGACUUUCCGAGGGUGGUGUUGUGGGGCUACAAUUCCCUUACAUUUCAUCUGGUCAUUUCUGUGCUUGAAAAGCCCAGUGAAAAGUGAUUGGUGUCAUGACCUUUUCUCCUUUUCCAGAUCCUGCUCCACCUCCUGGGCAACACGUAUUAACAAUGCCGGCCCUGGAGCCAGCACCACCACUGCUGGCGGACCUGGGGCCUGCUCUGGAACCACAGUCAGGUGCAGCCCUGGGUGCACCAGGAUAUCUAUAUUCAGCACCAGGACCAGCACCAGGGGAGGGGUCCCCUCCAGCGACACUGCUGGAGCCACAGUCCACCUCAGAGUCCCCCCGUCCCUCUUCCGGGACUGUGAAGAACCAACUUGAGGAGAUGCCUGACAUCACGACCUUCCCUCCCAGGCUGCUGGCAGAGCAGCUGACCCUCACGGAUGCGGAGCUGUUCAAGAAGGUGGAGCUCUACGAAUGCUUGGGCUCCAUCUGGGGUCAACGAGCUAAGGAAGGGAAUGAGCACAUGGCACCCACAGUUCAUGCGACCAUCACACACUUCAACAGGCUUACCAACUGCGUCACCACCUCCUGCCUCGGGAACCACGGCAUGAGGGCCCGGGACAGGGCCAGGGUGGUGGAGCACUGGAUCAAGGUGGCCAGGGUAAGCCAUGGUUGAGCCUGAGAAUUUCCUCUUUAAAAAUGGGGAACUGCCUCUUCUCCUCCAUCGGCUUUCAGGAUUGGCAUCUGUAUGUCUGGCUUCAGCCCUGGACAUCACCUAACUCCUUCUUGUCACAGACCUUGACUCCCAUGGCCCAGUGGUGGCUGCUCACUUCUGACCUGGGCUCUUCCUUGGGUUGAACUAAAAUCCUCCUAGAUGAGUGACAUUCACUCGGCCCCAGUUGUGCCCUCCUGAGGCUCCCUGGGCCUCUGCUUCAUCCAGGCAGGGAGAUCUCAGCACAGUGGGCUGUGGCUUAAGUGGGCCGGGCUCCAACUGUGGAACUCACAGCUCACUCUUCCCUCUCCAGGAGUGCCUACGCCUCAACAACUUCUCCUCGGUGCACGCCAUCGUCUCUGCUCUGUGCAGCAAACCAAUAUAUCGGCUACACGAGACAUGGGCAGCAGUGUCCAGGUGAGGAGGGUUCCCUCCACGGGAGCACCAGGGUUGACCUAGGGACCCAUAGGUCUCCCCAUGUGCCUUCAACCACUCUGAAAGG